AUGCUGUUCGCCAUCUUUUUCGCCUUUUGGCGCUUCAUGCAGAUUAUCACCCUGAUACCAACCAUGGGCAUGCUGAGCUACUUCGUACACGGCUACACCAGCAACAAUGUCUUGGCGCCGAACUUCGUCCUCAUCAUGUUUAUCGUGUCGGUUCUGGGCCUCGUCUGGGCGCUGUUCACCCUCUUUAGCUACCACCGCAGCAGCUCCAACGCGCGCUUCGUGGGACUGAUCGACCUGUGCUUCCUCGGCGCCUUCAUCGCCGCCGUCUACUACCUGCGCUUCAUCUCGGGCGCCGACUGCACCCACAUCGUCACGGGCGACAGGUGGGACGUCAGCUUCGGCAUCUUCGGGUCCGCCAGCAUCAACGGCUUUCACGUCAGCGCCAACAAGACGUGCGCCAUGCUCAAGGCCUCCUUCGCCUUCGGCAUCAUGAACUGCAUCUUCUUCACCUUCACCGCCGUCCUCGCCUGGUUCCACGGCGACCGCUCCGAGAAGGAGGAGUACCGCCACGAGACGCGCCGUCACCGCUCCAGCAGCGGCCACCACCACCGACACCGCAGCGGGAGCCGCCACGGCAGCCACAGGAGCUCGCACUCGCACUCUCGCGGCUACGUCUAG